UCCGGCCUCUUCAGACGCGCUGGCCGGGUGCGGGCACUGUGCACGCUCUGCGCUCCGUACGGCUGGUUUGCGGCAAGGGUCUUCACCGCCGGGGGAUGGGCGGCCAGGCCCGCAGCAAGGCUGGCACCGCUCCCGCGAGGAGCCUUAGUCUAGGAGUGUGAAGGCGCGGGCGGCUGCCGCUGGCCCUGCGCGACGCGUGUGUUCUCUUUUGUGCCAAACCUCCCGGCCCGCGCGCGAUGCAGCGGGCGGCGGCGCUGGCCCGACGGGGCUGCCCUCCCCGCGCCGCUGGCCCCUGGAGCCGCCGUUGGAGCAGUGCGCCUGCCGAGGCCCCGGCCGUGCUCCCGGUGAGGCGCGGGCGCAUCCUCACGCCGGAGUCCAUGAACCCGCAGGUGCGCGCCGUGGAGUAUGCAGUGCGCGGGCCCAUCGUGCUCAAGGCCGGCGAGAUCGAACUCGAGCUGCAGCGGGGUAUCAAAAAACCAUUCACUGAGGUCAUCCGAGCCAACAUUGGGGAUGCCCAGGCUAUGGGUCAGCAGCCAAUCACCUUCCUUCGACAGGUGAUGGCUCUCUGCACCUACCCAAACCUGCUGGACAGCCCCAGCUUCCCAGAAGAUGCUAAGAAACGUGCUCGGCGGAUUCUGCAGGCUUGUGGUGGGAACAGCCUAGGGUCAUACAGUGCCAGCCAAGGAGUCAACUGCAUCCGUGAAGAUGUGGCUGCCUACAUCACCAGGAGAGAUGGCGGUGUGCCUGCAGACCCAGACAACAUUUAUCUGACCACUGGGGCUAGUGAUGGCAUUACCACAAUCCUGAAGAUCCUCGUCUCUGGGGGUGGCAAGUCGCGGACCGGUGUGAUGAUUCCCAUCCCACAGUAUCCCCUCUACUCGGCAGUCAUCUCAGAGCUUGGUGCCAUCCAGGUGAAUUACUACCUGGACGAGGAGAACUGCUGGGCCUUGAAUGUGAAUGAGCUCCGGCGGGCUGUGCAAGAGGCCAAAGACCACUGUGACCCCAAGGUGCUCUGCAUCAUCAACCCGGGGAACCCCACAGGCCAGGUACAAAGCAGAAAGUGCAUAGAAGAUGUGAUUCACUUUGCCUGGGAAGAGAAGCUCUUUCUCCUGGCUGAUGAGGUGUACCAGGAUAAUGUGUACUCUCCAGACUGCAGAUUCCACUCCUUUAAGAAGGUGCUUUAUGAGAUGGGACCCGAGUAUUCCAGCAAUGUGGAACUUGCCUCCUUCCACUCUACCUCCAAGGGCUACAUGGGCGAGUGUGGCUACCGAGGAGGCUACAUGGAGGUGAUCAACCUACACCCUGAGAUCAAGGGACAGUUGGUGAAGCUGCUCUCUGUGCGUCUGUGCCCACCAGUGUCGGGUCAGGCUGCCAUGGACAUUGUCGUGAACCCCCCAGUGCCAGGGGAGGAGUCCUUUGAGCAGUUCCACAGGGAGAAGGAGUCCGUCCUAGGUAAUCUGGCCACAAAAGCAAAGCUGACAGAAGACCUGUUUAAUGAAGUCCCAGGAAUUCACUGCAACCCCCUGCAGGGUGCCAUGUACGCCUUUCCUCGGAUCUUCAUUCCCUCCAAGGCUGUGGAAGCAGCUCAGGCCCACAAAAUGGCUCCGGACAUGUUUUACUGUAUGAAGCUCCUGGAGGAGACUGGCAUCUGCGUGGUGCCUGGUAGCGGCUUUGGGCAAAGGGAAGGCACCUACCACUUCAGAAUGACCAUCCUCCCUCCCGUGGAGAAGCUGAAGACAGUGCUCCAGAAAGUGAAGGACUUCCACAUCAAGUUCCUAGAGCAGUACGCCUGAGGACGACCCCUGGGCUCCUCCUGACCCCUCCCAGCCUCCCCCAGUGACUGCCUCAGGCCCCACAAGGUCGCUGGUCAUGUUCAUGUCACUCUGCACAGGGGACUCCUUUCUUUGUGCCUUGAUGUUGGGAGCAAAUGUGAAGCCACAGUGUCUCAGCUCCAGGUUUUGCGAUGCAAACACAGUAGAGGAGAUGGCUCAGCAGAUGUGGACAGAGCUCUCUGAAUCAUCUGUUGCUGCUUUUGAAAAGUUCUCUUUAGGCUUUAAACAACCAGGCUGCGUUGGAUGAGGUGUCUCAGACCUGGAGAAAGAAGCAGAUGUUGGGAAAUGUGUGAGUGAACCACAGUGAGGACUGGAAACAGAAUUUACCAACAUAAUCUAUGAAAUAAAACCCUUAGUGGUGUGAAGGUCUAGUCUUUUGAACAGUAGAGCCCAGAGUGCAGUAGGGCCUCAGGGGAAGGUCCAUCACUAUGGCCUGGAGAGGGGCAGCCUGGCCCUGACAAGAACAAGGCCCCCAGGCAGGACAGGAUGCUCGCAGGUUCUGGUGGCACCAGAGCUGCGGCAGGGAGCAGUGUGUGUGAGCCAGGCUGUGGACAUAAUGCAGACUCCCCUACUGAGCAUCAUGGCAGGUCCUGAGGACUCAGUACCCCAAAGGCUUCAGGAAUGAAGGGCUCCUCACCAGGCCUACCUUGACACUGGUUUGAGAAGUCUUGGACUUCAGGGACCCACCUCAGCUAUAUCCCAGUUAUGUGAAGGCCUAUCUAUCGGUCAACCCCCUCGUGACCCAGUGGCAGCUUUCUCUCCAGGAUUUGACUGAGCCAUUACAUAUACUACUCCCUGCUGGUGGCUGCUGGACAAGGUGAGAAUGAAACCUCAGCCAUGAAGGGGUCCUUAUGGAGUUGACCAACCAACAGCCCCGCCCCUGUAGUUCCUUGCUCUGUUUCAGACUGGCCCAUUUGGAGCUCCUGGUAGACAGGCUGCAGUGCAGGAGUGAAUGCAGUCAGUUUCAAAGUUUGUUGAAGUAUUUUGAUUUCAUGCAAAGCAUUCCUUUCUGCCUUCCCCCAUGAGAGGCAGCCACGGGCAUCUGUCCAGCCAGGAGAGUAGUGUCCCUGCAUUAGCAAACCGCAGCCACUGGCCACACACCUGGCUGUCCCCUUCACCAGUAGCCCUGCCCCUCUCAUCAUCCGCACUCAGUAGUGGGCAGUGAGGGAAGCUGGGGCCAGCUCAGGUGUUGGGACCAGCGGUUACAAAGUGGACCCAAGGGAGCUGGAGAGAGCAGUCUGAAGGGACUCCCUGUGCUGAUUUCCAUGCUGGGAAAUGCACGCAAACCCCACGCUGUCCUUGCUCACACUACUGUACCAGUGAGGAAAGCAGCCACGGUCUCGGAUAACAAAAGGGAAUGUUUGGAACUCCUUCCUCACAAAAUUGAAAAUGUCGUGCUUGUGCUUACUGUGGCAUAAACCAGAAUGUGUCCCAGAGUCGUAAGAUUUCUGGCAGGAGGGUUAAAUAGUACAAGCUAUUAUAUUUUUUAUAUUUUUGUAACAAUUGCUUUUUCAUGAGGGAAGGGGGUUAGGUUAGUAUUUAUAGUCUUAACAAGUCCAAUAAUUUUUAUAAGCCUCUUCAGAUUAUAAAUAACCCCAUAAAAACUUUGCAAUGUUUACAUGAUUUUUAAAGAGAUGCCAUAUACACUUGGUUUGCUUUAAAAAUAAACUAAUGAUUAGGUCAGCUAGUUUGGGCAGUUAACCUAAGGUCGGAAUGGCAAUCAUGACAGAUUUGAUUUUCUGCAGAUUCUGCUUGAUGCCUUUCCUCUUCCAGCAGCACCCAGAAAGCUGGCUCUUGGGUCUCACCUUGAGGCCAGCUGUGUGCUUUCCGCUGCUGCCCUUCUCUGCCUGUGGAGCGCAGGGAGCUCUUCACACACCUGCAGACCGCCGGGCUUGUUUUCUAAUUGAUUUGCACAGGCAUCUCCUUGCAGAGGGACUGGAGGAGGGGGCUCUGCUGGGAAUUUCUGAUCAAUAAAUUACAUUUCCCAAAUGA